AUGAGCCUGGCGAGACCAUGGCUGACAGGGCUGACGCUGGCCCAGCUGCACCGGAUCGCAGUCUCGAUCGGGUCACCUUGCUCGGGUACCAAAGCGGCACGUGUGGCUGGCAUCCAGCAGGCAUUGUCGGGAGCAGAGAAGCCGACGAACAACAACUUGAGUCUCCUCAGUAUCGACAUGGGUAUCCGCAACCUCGCGUUUGCCCAUAUCUCAGCCCCCAAAGCGUCCAGCUCAUGUCUUCGGUACGGCUUGCCGACGCUCCAGCAGUGGCGGCAAGUUGCUGUGUCUCAGAUACCACAAGGCAAGGACCUCGUCUCGUCUCCAGCGUUGGCCGCAACUUUUGAGAUGGGACCAGCUUCCACCGUGACAAGCAAGCUGCUUCGACAAACCAAGGAGUCGUUCGAGCCUGUUGACUACGCACACCACGCGUACAACUUGAUUACACAUCUGCUACAGACCUACAAGCCUACCCAUAUCCUGAUUGAGAGGCAAAGGUUUCGCUCAGGGGGUCGAGCAGCCGUCCCAGAGUGGACGAUUAGAGUCGGCGUCUUUGAGGGCAUGUUAUAUGCCGUCCUUCGGACUUUGAUCGAGGACGGCCGGGUCCAGGUGCAGGUGGAACCUGCGCAGCCGACCUUUGUCAAUAGGCACUGGCUUGAAUCUCGUGAGAGCGCGAGCGAUGCUCUCAAAGAGAAAUCAGCUGUUCGUCGCAGCGGUCGAGAGGUGAAGAGAGCAAAAAUUGAUCUGGUUGGCCAAAUGCUUUUGGGCGAGACCGAGCAUCCGACAGUGCUCAUAAAUGGAAUUCUGCGCCCGUUUACAUCCGAGUUUGUCUCGAUCUGGCACAAGGACAGAAAGAAGAGUGUUCUUGCCACGAAUGGUAUAUCAAAAUUGGAUGACCUGGCAGACUGUCUACUUCAGGGUCUGGCAUGGAUCGAUUGGCAAAACAGGCGCAGAACCAUCCAUACUCUGGGGCGAGACGGUGUGGUAGGAGAGUCUGGAGAGCUGCGGUGA